CCCCCCAUGUGAUCAGCAGUGUUUCCCCUGCACUGUGCUGGCAUGAAGCCCCAGGCUUGAGCUUUUCCUCUCCUCUCAGUGCUGAAGGAGGGGAGGCUGUGUGUGUGUGUGUGUGUGUGUGUGUGUGUGGGAUGGUGGGCAGGCACAUGGACCACAGAUCAUGACUGAUGGCCACAAAGCCACUGCUGCACACUUUUGGACACUUCAGGAGAGAAUUGCAGACUUUGGCUCUGGAUUGCUGCAUUUAUUCGCCGCUUAUUUGAACUCUUGCGACUUGAACCGGACAGCUUUCAUCAUGCUUUCAACUCUGGACCCACUGCAACUCGACUGAGCAAACUUUCGCAAAGUCUCGGCAAGUCUUUUGUUCCAAAGAGAGCUGCGGAGAUCUGUUUUUUUUAAGCGGAGGAGAGAAGAGUACAGGAGUGAAAUGAGUGAGGAGAGUAAAGGCGAGAGCGGGAAGGAUGUGGAGAAGCAGCUGCGCCUGCGCGUUUGCGUGCUGAGGGAACUGCUGCACACUGAGCGGGAUUAUGUGGAGACCCUGCACUUUCUUUCGGGAUUCCUGCAUCGCCUCAACCAGUAUGCUGUGGCUAAAACUGAUAAGAACAUCACAGAGGAGAUGGUGAAGGUGCUGUUCUCCAACCUGGAGGAGAUCCGGUGUGUGCACAGAGACUUCCUGGCCAUGGUGGAGGAGCUGCUGCAGCCAGACCCCCACCCGCAUCACGAAGUGGGACGCUGCUUCCUUCACUUUAGAGCCAGGUUUCAGAUUUACGAUGAGUACUGUGGAAACCAUGAGAAAGCCCAGAGGCUGCUGCUGGAGCUCAACAAGAUCAGAAGUGUUCGCACAUAUCUUCUGAACUGCAUGCUGUUGGGAGGCAGAAAGAACACAGAAGUUCCUUUGGAAGGGUACCUGGUGGCUCCCAUCCAGAGGAUCUGCAAGUAUCCUCUGCUCCUCAGAGAGCUGCUAAAAAGAACGCCAAAGAAGCACAACGAUUACUCCAUGGUGCACGAGUCCCUCCAAGUGAUGAAGGCGGUGUGUUCAAGCAUCAACGAAGCCAAGAGACAGAUGGAGAAGCUGGAGGUGCUGGAGGAAUGGCAGUCGCACAUUGAGGGAUGGGAGGGCUCCAACAUCACAGACAGCUGCACAGAGAUGCUAAUGCAGGGUGUGCUGCUGAAGAUCUCAGCGGGGAACAUCCAGGAGCGGGUCUUCUUCCUCUUUGACAACCUGCUGGUCUAUUGCAAAAAGAAGAACAGGCGUUUGAAGAACAGUAAGGCGGCUACUGAGGGCCCACGGUACCAGUUCCGCGGACGAAUCAACACCGAGGUGAUGGAGGUGGAGAAUGUGGAUGACGGUACAGCGGACUACCACAGCAGUGGGAACAUCGUCAACAACGGCUGGAAAAUCCACAACACUGCGAAGAACAAGUGGUUUGUGUGCAUGGCCAAAACGCCUGAAGAGAAGCAGGAGUGGCUGGAGGCCAUUUUGAAGGAACGAGAAAGGAGAAAAUCACUGAGAUUGGGGAUGGAGCAGGACACUUGGGUGAUGAUUUCGGAGAAGGGCGAGAAGCUCUACAACCUCUUGAGCAAACAAGGCCACCUCAUUAAGGACAGGAAACGAAAGCUCACCACCUUCCCGAAGUGCUUCCUGGGAAGUGAGUUUGUGGCCUGGUUAAUGGAGAUCGGCGAGACGGAUAACCCUGAAGAAGGUGUUCACCUGGGCCAGGCUUUGCUGGAGAAUGGCAUCAUCCACCACGUCACAGACAAGCACCAGUUCAAACCCGAACCGCUGCUCUAUCGUUUCCGCUACGAUGACGGCACGUACCAUCCACGCAGUGAUAUGCAGGAUGUCAUCUCUAAGGGUGUGAGGCUGUUCUGCCGGCUCCACAGUCUCUUCACACCAGUGAUCAGGGAUAAAGAUUACCAUUUAAGAACAUACAAAUCUGUAGUGAUGGCCAACAAGUUGAUCGACUGGCUCAUAGCACAGGGUGACUGUCGAACAAGAGAAGAAGCACUGAUCUUGGGGGUGGAGCUGUGUGACAACGGAUUCAUGCAUCAUGUGCUGGAGAAGAGCGAGUUCAAAGACGAGCCCCUUUUGUUCCGCUUCUUCGCCGACGAAGAGAUGGAGGGAUCGAAUACCAAGCACAAGCCCAUGAAGCACGAUCUGAAAAUAGUCGAAAAUGUCAUCGCUAAGUCUCUGCUGAUAAGGCCUAGUGAUGGAGGAUAUGGCUUCACCCUCGAGGAUCGUAACAGAGUUCCAAUUAUCAAGUCGGUGGAGAAAGGCUCUUACGCAGAAAUGGCUGGGAUGGAGGUGGGGAAGAAGAUCUUUGCUAUCAACGGAGACCUGGUUUUCUUAAGGCCAUUCCAUGAAGUGGAAGCAUUUCUCAAGCAGGGUUUCAGCAGCAAGGAUCCUCUUCGAGUGCUGGUCAGCACCAAACCUCGAGAAACUGUGAAGAUCCCAGACUCGGCGGAUGGGCUGGGCUUUCAGAUCCGUGGCUUUGGCCCAUCUGUUGUGCAUGCCGUUGGCAGAGGCACUGUGGCGGCUGUGGCAGGUCUACACCCGGGUCAGUGCAUUAUCAAGGUCAAUGGCAUUAAUGUGAGCAAAGAGAGUCACGCCAGUGUGAUCGCCCAUGUCACAGCCUGCAGGAAAUACCGCAGACCCUCGCAGCAAGACUCCAUAAAGUGGGUGUAUAACAACAGUGAGAGUGCCCUGGAGGACCACCAGAAGGCCAGCCAGAAACCUAGUACUGAGGAGAAUGGGGAGGUGUUCGAGUGUAAAGUGGAAGAGGUCAUGGACAAGUUCAAUACCAUCGCUUUGAUAGAUGGGAAGAAGGAUCAUGUGAGUCUGACGGUGGAUAACGUGCACCUGGAGUAUGGUGUGGCUUACGAGUACGACAGCACAGCUGGGAUCAAGUGCCACGUACUGGAGAAGAUGGUGGAGCCAAAAGGCUUCUUCAGCCUCACAGCUAAGAUCCUGGAGGCCUUGGCUCGGAACGACGAGCAGCUGGUGCAGACGUGCAGCCGGAUAAACUCCAGCACAGAGCUUGUCCCAGAGGAGCUGCAGCUCAGGUUCAGCUCAAUGUGUGCGGAGAGACUCGAGCACAUCAACCGCCGCAUCACCAACUACAGGAAGUUUUCCCGGGUGCUGAAAAACAGAGCCUGGCCUACAUUCAAGCAAGCCAAAACCAAGGUGUCACCUCUCCACAGCAGCGAUUUCUGCCCAACAAACUGCCACAUUAACGUGAUGGAGGUGUCCUACCCCAAGACCACAACAUCUCUGGGAAGCGCUUUCGGUGUGCAGUUGGACAACAGGAAGAAUUCCACGCUGGAGAAAGGGAAUCACAGCGCAGAGCAGGGCAAGCUGAACCCCAUGGUGCACGUGCAACACUGCAUCACCAGCAUGGCCGCUCCAUCGGGACACAGUCUGGGCCGAACGGAGGGACACGGCCUGCGCUUCCUGCUGCGAGAGGAAGACCUGCUCACCGUCGACGCAUACCACAAACUGCUCACCAAACUGAACACGGCAAUGAAGGAGAUGGAGUGCUACGCUGGACAGAUUCAUGAUUUGCUGUCGUCCAUCACGCACCCCAGCAGCCCUGAGGCGAAGCCAUCUGAGAGCUUCAUCUCGGCUGAGAGCGAGUGUGAGCGAGCCGAGCGGAACGGGAAACGAGUGUGUUUCAACGUGGCAGGAGACGAGCAGGAGGACUCGGGUCAUGACACCAUCAGCAACCGAGACUCCUACAGUGACUGUAACAGUAAUAGGAACUCCAUCGCAUCCUUCACCAGCAUCUGCAGCAGCCACUGCAGCUCCUACGUCCACAGUGACGAGAUGGACUCCGGAGACGAGAUGCCUGCCAGCAUGUGGAUAUCUCCUGACAAGCAGAAGAAGCUCCACGGCUUCCUGGAGCAUCUGUUCAGCCAGGUGGAGUCUAUCACGAGCAUCCUGAAGGGGGCGACAGUGGCUCGGGCCUUUGAACAGACAAAGUGUUUCACACCAGGUCGGAGCCUACAAGACUUUCACCAGGACAUGGAGCCCAAAGUCAACUGCACCAAGAAACUGCGGCUUCACAUUAAACAAGACCCAUGGAACCUCCCAAGCAGCGUUCAGGCUCUCACACACACCAUCAGCAAGUUUGUAGAAGAGGUCAAAACAAGACUGCUGUUGGUGUUACUCCAGUAUACAGACUCUGAGAUCCAGCUGAGGAGAGACAUGGUGUUCAGUCAGAGUCUGGUGGGAGCCGUGUGUAGUUUUGCUGAACACUUGCUGGCCGUGUUGAAUCGGGUGCUUGGUGGAGAGAGUGAAGCUCAGGAGAGUCGCCGCUGGCUGGAGCAGAUCUCUCACACCGGCCUGCUGCUGCACUUCCAGUCCCUGCUCUCACCCAACCUGACCGAUGAGCAGGCCAUGCUGGAGGACACGCAGGUCGCACUGUUGGACCUGGAGAAGGUCACCUUCCAUUUCAGACGCUUCGAUGGAGAGCCACUCGUUGCGAACAUGCCCAUCUCCUACCAGGUGGAGGGCACGAGGCAGGCCAUGAAGGUGUAUUUCUAUCUAGAGGGUUUUUACUUCGAGCAGCUGCCUCAGAGACUGAGACACGGCGAUGGAUUCAGGAUCUACCCCAUCCUAUUCACUCAGGCCCUGGAGAGCAUGGAGGGUUAUUACUACAGGGACAGUGUCUCAGUGGAGGAGCAUCAGGCUCAGAUCAACGCCACCUCGCUCGAGAAGGUCAAACAGUACUACAAAAGACUCAAGGCCUUUUACCUGGACAAAUCCAACCUGAACCCAACUUUGGCUCCCAAGGCUGCCUUCAUAGACAAGCUCAUGCGUCCCUUGAACGCUCUGGAUGAGCUGUACAGACUAAUGGAGAGCUUCAUCUCGUGCCGACGCACUGCUGCGUGUCAGUUCACGGCGUGUGGAGCGUCUGGAGUCGGGCUGCUUACCGUGGCGUCUGAGUUGUGCAGCCGUCUCGGAGCCUGUCACAUUGUCCUUUGUAACAGCGGAGUCCACCGCUGUACUCUGAGUGUGACUCUGGAGCAGGCCAUCGUUCUGGCGCGCAGUCACGGCCUGCCACCGCGCUGUAUCAUGCAGGCCACUGACGUCAUGAGAAAACAGGGGGCCAGAGUGCAGAACUCGGCCAAGAACCUGGGAGUGAGAGACCGCACCCCGUCUUCGGUGCCAAGACUGUAUAAGUUGUGCCAACCUCCACCCCCUGACGGUGACCCAUGACUUCCGAACCUAUACAGCCAUGUUGGAUCUCGAGCAGCCGUAGUCCAGCCUCUCCCACAAACACACACACAUCCUGAGGGUUGCGUCUGGAAGUCCACCCACUCUCACUCUCCGAGGGAUUUGCCGUAUUCGUGCCUCUCUUCACCACAUCAGGGUUAUCAGAGCUUUUUAAAACCCAUGUUGUUGUGGUUACAGGCUCCAUCUUAUUCCAGAAAGGAGAUCAAAACACGCGGGAUGUUUUUGUCUCCAGGCUGCAGUCUGAAUCAGUGACAUGUCAAUCAAACCAGACACCUCAUAUUAUUUGUUAUAGAAAUGAUAUCUGAAAUGAGACAAAGUCUCUGCGGCACUCACAGAAAGCUUUGACUUUUGGUGUGUUAUUGCUUUGAAAUGAACUCGAGGAAGAUGGAUAAAGAAGAGACUGAAAGCCUUUAUAGUCUGUACUGAUGUGUAUUCGCUGUUUUCUAGAAGCAUAAAUUAGACGUGUACAUUCUCAAGUUUAAAUGUUGAAGAAUGCAGAUUAACUCGAAGUGUCAAGAUGAAAGAUCCAGUGUCUAUCAUUUAAAAUAUGAAGUUAUCAGUGUUACUAUUAUGUAGUGUAUACGAAUCCUCAAAUAUUUUGUACUCAGGAGUAAUUCUAUAUGUUAUAAUAUCUCAGUGCUGGUUAGUAUAAUACAGGAAAAGGAGUUUUUUUUACUAUGCAAAUGAAUGAAGGAGAAAAUUCCACCAGCUGUCUCUGUGCCUGCAAUAUCUUUUGUGGUAAAUAAAAACAAGACUCAAUAGUCGAGAUUUAAUUACUGCAAGUCGUGUGUCCAUAUGGUGUCUUGUCAGUACUGUAGAGAAAUAUUAAAAGAAACUUUGUCUUUAUCAAUAAUUUAUUUUUAUUAACAGAACUGGUAUAAGCUGUACAGUAACCGUGCAUAAUCUGCGCAGACAUCACACCCUGCUGAAAACCUCCUAGCUUCUAGUACAUUAAAACAGAUACGAGUGCAUAUCCUUACUUUGAAAUGAAGUGACUGUAGAGGUGCCAGCAUCUACGACUUAGCCGUAGCAUUUAAGUUUUAUUUGUUAUAGAAAAAAAAGCAGUGGGUCUGACCAAUUACAGAGGAGAUUCACUGAAGGGGAAAGGACGUGGCGCAUGAAAAACACACAAUUCCUUUUGUCAUUGUAGGAAAUUGUAGGAACAAAUCGCAAAGAUUAUUUGUGGAGAUGUUAUUCUAGCCUAACGUUAUGUAGGUAACAAUAGCACA